AUGGCGGCGAAGAAAGGCGACGUUGAUGAGGUGUUGGGAAGGAAGCAUGGCAACAGUGGUGAUGUGUUGAGAAGGAAGGAUGAAGACGGUGGUGAUCGGCGGAGAUUGGCGGUGGCGACGGUGCAGGCGGUGGCGACGGUGAAUCAAUUUGGUAUGAAUUGGGUGGAAUUAGAAGUGGUUAGAUGCUGUCAAAACUGUGUUUUUGGGGAUGCAGAUACGAGAUUUCGUUAUCGUUGUCGUUUUUGUUAUCGUUUUCGUUAUCGUUUUCGUAUUCUGGCUUUGCGAACUAAAUAUUUGUGUUUUGAUCUUAUGACAAUGGGACCUGACAUUCAAGUGGUGGUUCCAACUAUUUACAGACAAACUUUUGACUCAUUGUUGUUGGUUAACACUACCUGCACAAUGUCCAACUUUGAAGUUUGUCCUAAUGACUUGAUCUUUAAACCUACAAACCAGAAAUACAUUUUGAAAUUCACUAGUGGGACUACAGUUAGUGAAAUUGGUAAACAUGACAUACAAAGCAAGCCGACCAUCUGCACCCCUUUUGCUGAUAUCAUUUCUGGAAAAUGGAAAAAGCAUUUGCUAACAGACGUAAUUGGUGUCAUCGACGAGGUGGGAUACACGCAAUCAAUGGUUAGAAAGAAACCACAGAUCAACUUCAUUUUGAGGGACUUGGGGUCUAACACGUUGCACUGCACCUUGUGGGAAACAUACGCAACUCAAUUUUUUGAGUUCAAGCAGAAACAAGAUUAUCCUUGUGCCCCGGUUAUCAUCCUCUUGAAAUACGCCAAAAUUAAGGAAGAAGGCAAAUACCCCCUUGCUAUCACGAAUACGUAUAAUGUUACAACCGUGCACAUUAAUGAAGAGAUUCCUGAGAUAAUUGGUUUCCUUAACCGUGUUUUUUAUAUCACCUGCGGUAUGCCCACGGUUUUACCAUUGGGAAAAACCCAAAGCACUACAGGAAAAUCCAGCCAUGAUUGGUCGCAGCAAUCCUCUGGAGGUCACCUAUCCACCGCUGAUAAGUUUUUCUCAAAGGCUUCCCAUUUGCCGCUGUCCGAAAUUAUUGUGUUGUCUGAGCCAACAAUGUGUGUCACCGUUGCUACAAUAGACAAGCUUAUUCCUGAUACAAAUGGAUGGUACUAUAAGAAGUGCCAUAAAUGUCCUCAAAUGGCCAAGCGAGACAGCCCCCCUUAUUUCUGCAAGGCCGAGCACAUGACUGAGGCUGAAAUUUGGAGGUUUCGUAUAUGUGUUGAAGUAGUUCACGAUGGUACUUCUGGUAGGUUUGUUUUUUGGGACCGUGAGGCCGGCGAACUGUUAGAGACAUCAGCAACUACCUUUCGUUCUUCCAUGGUAGAGAGUGGAAUCACUGAUCCCCUGGACUACCCCCUUGCACUGGACAAAUUAUUGGGAAAAAAAUUUGCUUUCAAGAUCAAUUGGAACCCUUGCUUUAAAAAUGGUUAUGUUGUGAUGUAUCUCAAAGAUAAACAAAUUCUUGAUCGUCUGGAAGGAACAGACUUGAUUAUUGAAUCUGAAGAGACUUUUCCAAUCCUUGAGUCCAUUCCGCAUUCUGAAAUGAAAUUGGAGAGCAUUAGCGAGGGUGUUUCGUUUGAUCUUUUGCAACCUCAAACGGAAGGAGAGAUCUCAUCGGUGCCUGUUCCCGAUCCCGUAACACCUCUGGCAACUGUCAAGAGGAUGCCCCUGGAUGACGCGAUCAAGUCACCGCUGCAACCUCUCGGAGAAGGCGACCUAUCAUCAACUAAGGUCAAGAUGAUCGCCAAGCGUGGAAAAAAAAUCUGCGACCUAAACCAUGUCUUCACUGUCACCUAA